AUGUAUGUCGAGAACAGAAUGCUGAGAAUGCCGGAGACAGAGAAUGAUAUGAAAAUGACGACGGGGAUGAGCCGUUGUGAGCCUAGCAUUAUAGGUGUCUGUGUCAUCAACACGGCGCAAAAGCUCGAUGAAAUGAUGCUCAGAACAACAAUGGCGGCUCUGUUUCACCCCACAACCAAGAUGUACUGUUUACCCCUCAAGGCUUUCGUCUCACACUCGCUUCACAAACCUCAGCGAUUAAUAAAUCUAAAAAUCUACCCUCGAGCUGAUAGAACAAUCUUAUCCAUCAACACACCUUGUUCUCUAUCAUCUACAGAAGUUCCCCAAAUUUCUAACGACACGACUUCUGAUUUGGACAGCAGUUACUUGUCUUGCUCAAUGACCAAUAGCAAGCGCCCUCUCAAAUUACAGUUCUUCUCAGUGGUGGCGUUGAUAGCAGUGUUGCACUUCGCCUCCUCCACGCAUCCGGCCACUCCUGCACCGCUUUCUACCUUAAUGUCUGGUUCAAAGUGCGAAGAUUUCCAGAACUUUUGGUCUGAAUGUCCAUGUGAAGAGGAUUUGAAGUACGUAAAAGCUGUUUGCAAUCAGGUUGCUGUAGCACUGGAAGUUGUACAUCUGACAGAUGAAUAUUGGGACAAAGUGGUUAGUCAUACCCCUCUUGAUGCAUUUUCUCACAUUCAUCAUCAUCAAUGGAACUUAUUGCUUACAAGUUACAGUGUUGCAGGUGCGUUCAUGGAUGCCAUCAGUAACAUGGAUUUUGAGUUUGUUGCUUCUGGACCAGUGUUGAUGAAGUCCGAAGGCUUGCCCGAAAAUUUGAUUUGCCUAACCAAGAAAGAAGGGAUUCACAGGGAAUAUGCUUUCUUGGGAAGGUAUGUUGUUGAGAAAGAUGUAAAAAAUAAUGUGGUUUUUGUAUCAAGAAAUUAUUAUUCGGUUGAUAAAACAAGACGAUCAUUUCUUGUUGGAUCCUCUAGAUGGAUCAGCGGAUCUCCUCCUCACAACUUAAACCACUUAAGAUGCAAGGUUCGACAUGGCCCGCUUUUCUAUGAUUGCAGUUUGCAUAUAGAAGAAAAAGAUGGGGUAAUUUUGGAAUCAUGGGAUGAUGCUAAGGGGUUUCAUGUUUCUGUUUCUGACAAGGCUCGUCAUAUUGCAAAAAUGGAAGAUAAAUCUAAGCUUGAAAGAAAACAAGAGCAGCUAAAGAAUGAAAUUAACCUAGAAGAAAAGAUUUUUAAUCUAUCUAACCGUAUAGACCAGUUAUUGUGUAUCAUUAGUAGUCUCUGCACUGCACACCAGGUUCUUGAGCAAUGGGCCAAAAGUGGUGGCAUUAGUUACAAUGAUUAUGUUGAGCUUUGUGCUAAAAAAGAGGCUGUCUCCGAGUUAGGAAAAGAGGCAAAGUUAGACAUGUUUGAGCUUCCUGCAAAGAUAAAGCUGCUGCCAGAUCCAUGGACACCUGAAUCCGGAUUAGUAACAGCCGCACUCAAGUUAAAAAGGGACCAAAUGAAGGCCAAAUUUAUGGAUGAUUUACAAAAGCUAUACGAGUGA